AUGGUGGAUAGCCAUGGGCAUCAUGGACUCUCCUGUGGCAGAAGCGCCGGCCGCAUACCCCGACAUGCCGGCAUCAACGAUAUCAUCCGAAGGGCCUUUGUGAGUGUCCAAGUCCCAGCCAUCCUUGAGCCAGUCGGUCUGGCGAGGGACGAUGGCAAGAGGCCCGACGCGAAGAGGAGAGGCAGCAACUACUCGACGAAGGCGCGUCGGCGGCCCGCGAACGAGAGGCCGCACGCGCAAGCGCUGAGAGGGCGAUGGGCGCCGACGCGGCGCGCCCUCCUCACCUCCUCCGGACCCGCUGGCGUAACGGAAGGGCUUAGCGUCGCCGGCGCGCAACCGAUGGGCGCGGCGACAGCUAACAGCACGCUCAGGUAUGGAUUAACCGUAGAGACACCGAGGUCACCGUCCUACGACACGACAUUGCUAUGGCGAAGGGAUUUAGCCAAGCGGUUACGGCGUCGUUCCAGACCCACGCCGAUCCCAGCUAGACAUCCCAAGGCUGCCGUCAUAGACAGAACUACCGAGAAACGAAAGUCGCUGCAGGAAACUACCAAGGAGGUAAAUAAACCAAUUAUUAAAGCUCAGUCCGUCAGAUCACAUGCGAGCAGUCGCACUGUGAUAGAAGCGCAGCUGUCUCAGGCGGAGCUCGAGGCCAGCGAACGGCUAGCGGAGAUAUCCCGGAGGGAGUUGCAGCUAGAAGCGGACAUGGUACGUAAACGGCUAGACGCCAGAAAACUGCAGAUCCGCGCUAAUGCGGAUAGCGCAGACGAGCACGAAUCUGCUGGUAGCGUGCGGAAUUCGAAUCAAGAUCGAUUAGACGAAUGGCUAGAGAACUCGCGAGACGCGACGUCAAAACCCAUUUGUAAGAGGUUAACCGACGAACCUCUAUCCAAGUACGAGACUCCGAGACGACCUGCGCAGGCGGAGCGGCAUAUUCGAGGCCUCUCACCGGACCGCCAGCGACGCAGGCGAUCGACGACGCCGCCGGCGCGUCGCGAGCGAUCGACGUCGCCACAGCUGGACGCGCGUACUCCGCACACGGCGCACACGCGCGCCACCGAAGGUACUGUAGCAGAGUCCAUGCUGCACCUGUUCGAGAGGAUGCAGAUGGGGGCCCGUCCAGCCCCGAAGGAUAUAUUCGAGCUGCCGCAUUUCUACGGAGACGUCAGCGAGUGGAGAAGUUUCUACAAUACCUACGCAGAGACAUCGAAGCGGUAUAAGUUUACUGACUACGAGAACGUGGCGCGGCUCAGGAUGGCUUUACGCGGGGACGCAAAGACGUGUGUGUCUCACGUGUUAUCGACAGCCACCAGACCCGAUAUGAUCGUGAGAAUACUGAAAAAGCAGUUUGGACGCAGCGAGGUACUACCCGUAACCGUAUCAGGUCCAAAGGGAACGGCGCAUAUCUUCGCUUUCCUUGACGAUGGAUCCACCUUGUCAAUGAUCGACCAGGACGUCGCGGACGAGAUCGGCGCGGUCGGUCAAGACGAGCCGCUAUGCAUAAGAGGUAUUCAGCGGUUGAAACUUAGCUCAGUGACACAGACGGUCAAGGCUAAAGUAAGCCCCGCUCGUGGCGGCUUGACAUACGAUAUAUCUCUAAAAACGGUAGACGGACUAGGGAUACGCUCGCAGUCAUUAAAUAAGAAGCGUCUAUUGGAAUACGAACAUCUGGCGGACUUGGGCGACGAGUGCUACACGGGCAUGGGCGUGCCGCAGAUGUUAAUAGGCGGAGACUUCAGUCAUCUUAUAAACCCGACGGAGGUGAGGCAGGGCGGCGAGGACGAGCCGUGCGCAGUUAAAACCUCGUUAGGAUGGGUUUUCUUCGGGCGAAUGCCGAGGUAUGUACCAAAUAACGAGCAGGUCGUGAUGCACUGCCACAGUGACGACAGUGAUCUCGUGGAGCAGGUCAAGAAACACUGGGCAGUCGAGGCGCUUGGCAUAACGGCAAAGGACAACAUUCGACCCGACGACCAGCGAGCGAUCGAUACAUUCGAACGAACAGUAAAAAAGGUAGGACAGAGAUACGAAGUCGGCCAACUAUGGGCUGCCGACGACAUAAAGCUGCCACCGAGUUUCAACAUGGCGAAGGCGAGAUUACGCAAUCUAGAAGCCCGCAUGUCGAGAGAUCCUGACUUCGCCAACGAGUAUCAAGCACAGAUACACAAGCUUCUGGAAAAGGGGUACGCAGAGCGCAUCAUGGAACCACCGCAGUCAGAUCGGAUGUGGUUUCUGCCCCAUUUCAGCGUCUACAAUUUAAAUAAAGGAAAGUAUCGCGCUGUAUUCGAUUGCGCCGCGAAAAGUCAGGGAUGUGCAUUGAACGAUUUCAUCCUCGCGGGACCGGAUUUACUACAGAGCCUGCUGGGGAUACUACUUCGAUUCCAUGAGUGGGAAUUCGCCGUCACCGCGGACAUACAGGAAAUGUUCCUUCAAAUACAGCUGCGAAGAGAGGAUCGGCAUAGUCAGCUCUUCAUCUGGAGGGGAUCGCGGCGUGACGUGACACCGUGGACGUACCAGCUAAACCGGGUAUGUUUCGGUAACAUCUCUUCUCCUUUUCUCGCACACUCGGUGCGGAAUAGGAAUGCGACGGACAACAAGGAUCGCUAUCCGGACGCGGUCUACGAUAUCCAUAAUAAUCACUACAUGGACGAUUAUGUGGCAUCAUAUGAGACAGAACGGGAACUCAUAUCAACAGCGACACAGGUGAGACUAGCACACGCGGAGGCUAGCUUUCGGCUGCGCAGCUACGCUAGCAACAGCGAGUUGUUAAUGCGAAACAUCGAUCCGGAGGAGCGAGCGACGGGACCUUCUCAUCUCGGAGAAAAGCAACAGACCGUCCUCGGAAUGACGUGGGACCCAGAGACGGAUACGCUGGGGUACAACACGAAAAUGCUACGAGUGCCAGACGACGUGAAAAGGUACGAGCGAUCGCCCACUAAAAGGGAACUUUUGAGUGCCGUAAUGUCAGUUUACGACCCAUUAGGCCUCAUAGCGCAGUAUAUGAUAAGCGCUAAGAUCAUAUUCCAACGUGUGUGGACAAAGGGCACGGACUGGGACGAGCGGCUGCCGGCGGAGGAAGCGGAGGACUUUUUCCGGUGGCUGAGGGCACUGAGCGACGUGUCCGCGCUGCGAAUACCCCGACGAUACGCCACGCCCACCGGUGCAGUUAGAAGAGAACUGCAUAUUUUCAGUGAUGCAUCGACCGAGGCCUACAGCGCGGCGGCCUAUUGGCGAGUAUCGAACGACGAGGAGGAAACGCAAGUGAGCUUAGCUAUAGCGAAAAGCCGAGUUUGCCCGCUAAAGGUAAUGACAGUUCCCAGGCUCGAAUUAACCGCAGCAGUCGUCGGCGUGCGGCUGGCGGAGACAAUUUUACGCGAGCAGCGUUAUCCUGUGACAAAGGUGACGUAUUGGACAGAUUCCAUGGUUGUUCUCGGAUGGGUUCGCGAUGACGCGCGAAACUAUCGUCCGUACGUGUCACACCGACUUGCGGAGAUCGCCGAGAAAACAGAUAGAGACGCGUGGAGGUAUGUACCAACCGCUCAGAACCCCGCAGAUCGAGCGACGAGAUGUCAACCAGCGCAGAGCGUGCGCAUCGAGGACGAGUGGUACGAAGGACCGCGCUUUCUCUAUGGACCCGAGACAUCAUGGCCUAGUCACACAUCGAAUCGAACAGACGACCUGCCUGAGAGGAAGGCGAGGCCGUCAACCGCGACAUCACUGGCGAUCAUCUCAGCGAAGCCAGACCCUUCGAGCGUACUGCCAGACGUGAGACGGUUUAGCAGUUACGACAGACUGUUGAACGCGACAGCGAACGUCUUGCUAUUCAUCGAGAAAAUGAGAACGAAGAAUAAAGCCUUGCAGCUACAAGUCAGACAUUUGAAAAAGGCAGAACACAUGUGGUUGCAAUACAGUCAACGACGAAGCUUUCCCGAAGAGCUUCGAGCCUUAAGCCAGAAUAGGCUCAUCGAUCGCAAAUCGCGAUUAUACGACCUGGCACCCGAGCUAGGCGAUGACGGCGUGUUACGCAUGAAGACGAGGCUGGGCAGCGCUCCAGUAUUGUACACCGCGCUACAACCGAUAAUACUGGAUGGCCGCGAGCCGUUCACCCGUCUACUCAUCCUGCGAGCUCACCGACGAUCAGCGCACAUUCACAACGAAGCAGUAAUCAACGAACUGCGACAAGAAUAUUGGAUACUACAUCUGCGGCCGACCGUGAAGUCUGUAGCUCGAAACUGCGCGCUAUGCACACUACGACGAGCAACACCGAGAGCGCAGCCCUUAGGCGAUCUCCCGCCCGAGCGACUACAGGCGUAUCAACGUCCCUUCACUCACACCGCACAAGACUACAUGGGACCGAUGUUCGUCACGAUCGGACGGCGCAGAGAAAAACGCUGGGUGUGUCUAUACACGUGCCUAGUGACGCGCGCUAUUCACCUUGAGAGCGUGCACAGUCUUUCAACCGACAGCGCGCUACUAUCACUACGAAGAUUCGCCGCGAGAAGAGGAUGGCCCAGGACGAUGUACAGCGAUAACGCGACGUGCUUCAGGGCGGCGGCGACGGAACUACGUGAGGCGUACCGGCAAUGGCUGCCUGUACUGCAAACUUACGCCACUCAGAACCGAAUGGAGUGGAAAUUCAUCCCACCUGGCAAUCCUUCGGCCGGGGGCGCGUGGGAGCGAAUGAUAAGGACAGUUAAGAUAGCGAUGUCCUACACUUUCAACGAACGAGCACCGAAACCCGAAGUUUUCGAAACUCUACUCGCCGAGAUAGAGAAUAUCGUCAACCGACGACCACUUACACAUGUCAACGUCGAUCCAGACUCCGAAGAAAGUUUGACUCCAGCACACUUUCUACUUCUUCAUAACGCUAACCUACCGAUGAUUGGCGUUUACGACGAGAACGAAAAGAAGCAAUGGAAGAUGGCCCAAGCGCUUGCCGACCACUUUUGGCGGCGCUGGACCAAAGAGUACUUUCCUCUACUGGCACCGAGGAAGUCGUCCCACGACGGAGGGCGGCAACUUCAACCAGGCGAUGUGGUCAUCGUCGCUGAACCCAAUGGUCCACGCAGCGUGUGGCCCCGAGGCGUCGUCGAGACUACCUACCCGGGACCCGAUGGACGGGUCCGCUCCGCUGACAUCAGAACGAGACACGGGACGCUACGCAGGCCCAGCUGCAGGCUGGCGGUCAUCGCGUCGCAACCCAUGCACCAGGAGUCUUCGACUGCGGGGACAAAAUGUUAG